AUGAAUGAAGAAAAGAUACCACUAAUAUCAAAACCAAUACAUAAUAAAUUAAGAAAGAUUGUUAUUAGUACAGUAAAUUCUUAUAAUGAAAAUUAUCAUAAUUUAGUAUCUAAUAAAGUAAAAACAUCAAAAUAUAAUAUUUUCACAUUUCUUCCAUUAGUUUUAUUAGAACAAUUUAGGAAAUUAGCUAAUGUUUAUUUUCUUAUAAUUUCAAUUUUUCAAGUUAUUCCAGGAUUAUCUCCUACUGGAAGAUUUACUACAUUAUUUCCUUUAUGUAUUGUUAUUAUUGUUUCUAUGAUUAAAGAAUUUUAUGAAGAUAUAAAACGUCAUAGAGAUGAUAAUACAAUUAAUAAUAAAAAAGUUCAAUAUUGGAAGAAUGAAGAAUGGAAAGAAAUUCAAUGGAAAGAUAUUAAAGUAGGAGAUAUUCUUUUUAUUAAAAGAAAAGAAGCAAUUCCUGCUGAUCUUAUUCUUCUUUCAUCUUCAGAACCAAAUGGAAGUUGUUAUGUUGAAACAAGUCAAUUAGAUGGAGAAACAACAUUAAAAAUUAAAGAAAGUUUAACAAGUACACGUAUAUAUCAAAUUGAAAUGAAUCAUAAUGAAAGACAUGAAAUUGAAGUUGAUGAACCUAAUCCUGAUUUAUUUUAUUUUAAAGGAAAAAUAGUUGGAAAAAAACAAGAAGCUAUUGGAAUAAAUCAAUUAAUAUUAAGAGGAAGUGUUAUUGAAGAUACUGAAUGGAUAAUUGGUGUAACUGUAUAUAUUGGAAAUGAAACUAAACAAUUACAAAAUGCAAAAGGAAUUAAAAUUAAACGAAGUUCAAUUGAAAGAAAAAGUAAUAUUUUUGUUAUUGGGAUGUUUAUUUUAGAAUUAAUUUUUGCAUUAAUUUCAACUAUAAUGGGAAGUAUUUGGAGAAUAAAUAAUAAAUAUUAUUGGUAUUUAGAAACUCAAGAUAAAAUUAUUCCUAAUUAUAUUACUACAUUUAUUACAUUUGUUAUUUUAUAUAAUAAUCUUGUUCCAAUUUCAUUAUAUAUUUCAUUAGAAAUUGUAAGAAUAGGACAAGCUUAUUUUAUUAAUCAUGAUCUUGAUAUGGUUCAUAAAGGUAAAUUUGCUGAAGUACGUACAUCAAAUCUAAAUGAACAAUUAGGAUUAGUUGAUUAUAUUUUUACUGAUAAAACAGGAACAUUAACACAAAAUUUAAUGGAAUUUAAAACUUGUUUUGUUGAUGGUAUUGUUUAUGGUUUAAAAAAUAAUGAAUUAUCAUUAAUUAAAAAUACAUCUUCUUUAAAUUUUAAUAAUAAAUCAAAUAUAAAUAAUUCUAAUUAUGAAAUUCAAGAAUUUGAUAAUAGAAAAUAUGUUAAUUUUAAUCCAACUCAAAUAAAACAUGAUGCAAAAUAUAAUAAACAUGUAAAUGAUUUUUUAAGAACUCUUGCACUUUGUAAUACAGUUACAAUAAAUACUCAUACUAUUCAUAUAAGUUAUCAAGCAUCAAGUAAUGAUGAAGCUGCAUUAGUUCAUGCAGCAUCUUGUUGUGGAUUUGAAUUAUGUGAAAGAAGUAAUGAUAAAAUAGUAAUUAAUAAUCAAAUCACAAAUGAAAAAGAAGAAUAUAAAUUACUUCAUAUUAUUCCAUUUGAUUCAGAUAGAAAAAGAAUGAGUAUAAUUGUAGAAAGAAAUGGUUGUAUUAUGCUUUAUAUUAAAGGAUCAGAUACUACAGUAUUACCUUUAACAAAAACAAAAGAAAAAGAAAUGAAAAUAAUUCAAAAUCAAAUAAAUUCAUUUGCACUUGAAGGAUAUAGAGUUCUUGUUGCUGGAGUGAGAAAUAUUACUAAUAUAUAUGAAAAAUGGAAAAUAAUGUGGGAAGAUGCUAUUAAUAAUAUUAAAGAAAGAGAAAAACUUAUUAUAAAAGCUUCUCAAAAUAUUGAACAAGAAAUAGAAAUUGUUGGAAUUAGUGGAAUUGAAGAUAAAUUACAAAUUGGUGUUACUGAAGCUAUUGAAAAAUUAAAAGAAGCAGGAAUUAAAAUAUGGGUAUUAACAGGAGAUAAAAAAGAAACAGCAUUUAAUAUUGCAAAAUCAUGUAAAAUAUUUAAAGAAAAUGUUUUUACUAUUAAUGGAAUAACAUUUAAUGAAAUUAAAGAACAAGUUAAUCAAUCAAUUAAUUUAAAUGAAAAAAAUUAUAUUAUUGAUGGAAGAUGUAUUGAAUUAAUUCUACAAUUAGAAAAAAAUAUAUUAAAAAAAAUGUUAAUGAAUGCAGAAUCUGUUGUAUGUUGUAGAUGUGCUCCAUCACAAAAAGCAAAAAUUGUAGAAGAAGUUAAAAAAUUUGGAGGAACAACAUUAAGUAUUGGAGAUGGUGCAAAUGAUUGUUCAAUGAUUAGAGCAGCACAUGUUGGAAUAGGAAUAUCUGGAGAAGAAGGAUUACAUGCUGUUAGAUCAUCUGAUUAUGCAAUAUCACAAUUUCGUUUUCUUGUUAAAUUACUUUUAGUACAUGGACGUUAUAAUUAUAGAAGAUUAUCAUAUGUUAUUUUAUAUUCAUUUUAUAAAAAUAUUAUUAUGUAUUUAACACAAUUUUCAUUUCUUUUCUUUAAUGGAUAUUCUGGAACUUCAUUAUUUGAAAAUUGGACACUUUCUAUUUAUAAUGUAUUAUUUACUUUCUUACCUAUUAUUGUUUUUGGUAUUUUUGAUCGUGAUAUAUUACCAGAAACAUUAAUUAUGAAUCCAUAUCUUUAUAAAUCUAUUAAAUCUUUAUUUAAUUAUAAAACAUUAAUAUUAUGGGUUAUAGAAGCAUUAAUAAUUUCUAUAAUGGUAUUUUUUAUUCCUUUUUCAGUAUGUAUAACUGAAAAUAAUACAAUAAAUGGAUUAGGAUUUGGUAUGUAUGGAUUUGGUUAUAUUGUUUAUACAAUUGUUAUGUUAACAGUUACUAUUAAAGUUGUAUUAUUUUCACAUGAAUUUAACUUUAUUCAAUAUAUAGCUUAUUUUGGUAGUUUAAUAUUUUAUUUUGGAUGGGGAUUUGUAUAUGGUUUAAUUACUUGGAUUCCUCCAUUUACUAUUGGAUGGGAUAUGUUUGGUUUAAUUUAUCAAUUAUUAUUAACACCAUCAUUUUAUCUUCUUAUCUUAAUUCCUCCUUUAUUACUUGGUGCAAAAGAAAUGGUAAUAUUAUUUAUAAAAACUAUAAUUAAAAAAGAUGAAAAACGAAUUAGUGAAGAAGAAGUAGAUGAUAAAAUCAGAAAAACUAAAAAACGAUUUGAUGAUGUACCAAAAAAUGAUAAAGAACUCUUCUUAAUUGCAACUUCAAAUUAUUUUAUUUAA